CGAGGCAGACGAAGUAUAAGAGAAAGACGUCCACGCCUCGGCGACUGUCCAGUUCGAGAACCAUCCCCAAUCGUUUCUAUACCUACCGCAUCUGAGUCUCACAAUGUCUAAGCAAGAUCUGAACGGAGCUCCGCCGGUCGAGGGACUGAGCGACCGAACUCGGGCCAAAUGGGCGGCCGCGUCAACGCCAGAGGAAAUCGCGGCUAAUCUACCUCCAAUGCUCGACCUGACAAUAGAGAAUAUCACGGAAAAUGUGAUGAAGAUCAAUUCCAUGUGCGACAAUCCGCGACUCCGAUAUCUCAUUCUGAAGUUGAUUCGAGCGGCCCAUGAUUACAUACGAGACGUUGGACUGCAAUUUGAUGAAUGGGAGAAAGCAUGGCAGUUUUUGACCAAAGUCGGACAAAUCUCGACCGAUGUCCGUCACGAGUUUGUGCUUCUCUCCGAUAUCUUGGGGAUCUCCGCGCUAGUUGACGCCCUCUCCUAUCCUGCUGUGCCCGGAGCUACCGAGUCUUCUGUGCUGGGUCCAUUCCAUGACGAAGAAGCGCAUUCAUUCCAAUACGGAGAAUCGAUCUUUACAGAGGGUACUCCCGGCGAGCCCACGAUUGUACGUGGUUGGAUCAAAGAUACAGAUGGUAAUAAUGUACCGAAGGCAUUAAUUGACGUCUGGGAGACGGACGGCAACGGAGUGUACGACUUGGAGUAUGACGGAAACGCCGAUCCCAACUGCCGGGGGAAAAUCCUCUCUGACGAAAAGGGUCACUUCCUUUUUGUUUGUGUAAAGCCCGUGGCCUAUCCAAUUUCCAACGACGGCCCCGUUGGCGAGCUCUUGCGCAAGCUCAAGCGGCAUUGGUUCCGCCCCGCUCACAUGCAUUUUAUGAUCGAACACCCCGCGUACACCAAGCUGAUCACUGCCUUGUACUCUCGAGACAGCAACUUUGUGGAGAGUGACACCGUGUUCGGGGUGAAGAAAAGUUUGAUUGUGGACUACAACUGGUGUGAGGACCUCGAUUUGGCUCAGGAACACAACGUGACACCUAUCACCAAGACAAUUGACGGCACGGAGUCAACAGGGUUCUGGCUUCUGGAACAGGACUUUAUUUUGGUCAAGAAGAGCCCGCCUCUGACUCGCAAGACGGAGGAUUGAACCACGAGCCACUAGG